AGGAGAAGAACUAGAAGAAUGGAAACGUAACCUUACUUUCUUCUUGUUUGCUCUUCUUUGUAAAUUGUUUAAAUGUAACUUAAUAAUGGCUUCAUAUUACCAAAAUCUCCAACAAAUAAGCAAACUAACAACUAAUUUUUUAUCUUUAGUCCAAAAGAGGCAAAGUACUUACUAUAGCUCCCCUUUACUGUCGGAAAUUGGUAAAGUAAAAGUAAAAUAUAGCGUUUCAAAAUCUCCUGAAGAGUGGAAAUAUGUUGAAAGAUUAUUACCACCCCUUACGGUCCCUGAACCAGUUCCUAAAGAGACAUAUCUUUCAGAGUGGAGGCCUCAGUUAAACGAAUGUUUGAAAGAAAAGUAUUUUAUACAGAGGACUAAAAAUCACAUGAUUCCUGUUUACUUGAAAAUAGGACAGCAUGGAAUAAGAAAAGUGACAAUAAUUAAAAACAUUAAAGGUGAUAUUUGGGCUUUAGAGCAGGAACUUAGAGAUUUUCUACAAAAGGAAACUCCAAAACCACUCCGUUCUCAAGUUAAUGAAUUUGCUGCAUAUAUUAGAAUUUAUGGUGAUUAUGUUAAUGCUAUUAAAUAUUGGUUAACAGAAAAAAAAAUAUAGUCCAUUAGUAAAUUAAACUAGUAUAAUUUGA